AUGGCUUCGAUGAUAACGAGGACGAGAGAGAUGACCCCAGACCUCAAGAAUCAAAUAGAUGGAAAUACUAUUCACCUCUGUGAGCGGCAUUUUAAAUCAGAAUGCAUAUCUAUUUGUAAGUACUGUGUACAGAUUUAUCAAUAUUCACGUUUGUUAAUGAAUAUUUAUGUGGCUUUAAUUAAAGUAUGAUCAAAGGUCGAAUAUACAAAUUUAAAAUUGUCUCAAGUUUGGUGCAUUUUUUUAUUUUAUCGUAAUUCUAUGAUUAUAGACCCUACAAGAAAAGUCCUGAUAUUGGGUAGCAUACCAACAGAAAACUUGCCUAAGAAAUCACAUGAGGACCCCAAGCCAGCUCAGCCAAGAAGAUCAUUAACCAAAAGGGACUCCACUGUUGAUACAGCCACUGCUACUUCAUCAUUGAUGUCAUUGUCUACUUGCUCUCGGUCAAAUAACCAAUUCAAAAGCUUGCUCAAGCAGAUAGAUAAAGAGAACUUAGACCCAUGGAAGAUAGAUAAAUCAGUCGAAGAAAAAGUUAAAUUUGAAUUGUAUGAUGAUGUGCAUUGUUUACCAAAAUUCACCAUUGUGGUGGAUUCUGCCCUUGAGUUUUCUACAUAUGUGUACAACUGGCCUCUUGAAGACACUCACUUUCUCUAUAAGGAGAGAAAAUGA